CUAAUUGUAGACGUAAGAUCUUGUAUAUUUCAGCUGCUCGAGGUGGCCCGGGGUUUCGCGACACACUACAGUGGUGUGGUGCGUGUGCAAAACGGCCUUGUCGAAUGGCGUUUAAAGAGAAACCAAUCCUGACGUGUUGUAUAUUCAUUUGGCUUAGUUUUAUUAAAAUUAGUGGUUUUGCGGUAUUUAAUGAGGAAAAACGUUUCGAUUCAGCGGGCUCUUUUAAUAAGAAUGCACGAACAAGAGAGUCAUUGGAUCGAGGGGAGCAGAAGCCGAAAUCUGGAGCACAGGUUGGGCGCCUUCUCAUUUGGCAAGACCAAGCUUCAAAAUCACAGGGUGGUGGUAGUGUCCGGUUUUCUUCGGACUUCAGUUCUCGCAGUCAACCCGAUGAGAACGCAAACCAGUCAGAUGAUUCAGGCUGGAUGAGGCUGCAACCUCUUUGGGAACAGGUUUAUGGUCUAAACACCUUGUAUACUCCAACAGUGGAAAGGCUACUUGGAAUGAAACCCAAGGUGGAUUGUGUUGGAGAUUUGAUGAAAUUGACAGUUCAUGGACGAGAGGCUCCUUUUGGGUCCAACUUUCUUAUUGAUCGAGGAAGCAUCCCACCGCUUCCAUUGGUACAGUUGCCCUCGGAAUGUGACCAUAUAUUUUUGAGAACAUGGAGAGACUUUGUUUUCAUUAUACCAUAUAAUGGAUGUUACGUAUCACAAGAGAAAGACACUUAUGUUCUUCCUUUACUUUGGUGGGGAUUGCCUGUGAAAAUGUCUUGUUCCUCCCUGACUUCGGCAGAAAGUGAGCCAAUGGUCUCCUGCUACAGUAAUGGCAUGAUUGUGAGGCUGAAUAAAGGAGUUUCUGAAAACCUGAAGAUCAAAGGAAUGAAUGAAUGGCAGCCUCUUCUGAAAGUGUCAGCUAGAUGUGGAUACAGCCUGGUGUCACAUCCAGAAGGUGUUGUCAUCCAUGCCCCAUAUAUGCCAUGCAUGGAGCAAAAGGAUGGGAUGUUCACUCUCAGCAUGGCAAUAGAGAGCGAGUUUAAUCUGUCCUGCCCAGCACUUUCGCAUAGUUUUCCUAUAAGUGCACCUGAUCUUGUACGUGAAAAUGAACGCAUUUCUGUACCUCAUGCUCUGAUUUCAACAAAACUCCCUCCCACCACAAUUACUACAACUACUAAAACCACUCAGCCAAAAUGGGCUCAUACAAGUUCAAGGACUUCCACAAGUUCAGUUCAAAAGUUGGCUACUCCUCCCUUCCCUUAUUACAUCCCUGGCCAACCUGUUCCUCCUAAUUACCCUUUCCUCCUUUUUCCUCCAAACAUACCACCAACGAUUCUUCCUCAAGGUUCCAAAAUUGUGGGUCCCCCAACUGCUAUUACCCAGAGGCCACAAGCACCGGUUUACACAAAACGUCCUCAAACUUGGUACCCUUGGUACCCUAAGCCCAGCUUGGUUCUUACCCAUGACCCCAGUCAUCAAAGUGUAGCUGGGCCACAUUAUCCAAGAAAACCUCUGGUAGCCCCAAUCACUCCCCGACUAAAACCCACAGGUAAUCCUCAAGAUAAGUUGACUUUCACCACUCCCAUUGCCCCUCCUUUGCAGUGGACUUCACCUAUGUUUCCUCCCAGGAAUAUGGUAUAUCCUUUAUAUCCUGGAAAAUCUGAAUUUGUGUCUCCCCCCUCAGCGGUCUUUCCUCGAGUUCCCUACCUACCUCAUCACUCCCAAACCCUACAAAGACCGUCUGAACCACAUUCUCCACCAAAACCAGAGUCUAAACCACCUAUACCUGCCCCUACAAGAAAGACAGGACCGCAGCUCCUCCACUCACUGUGGUACAAACCCUUCCUGCCACAUCGUUCAGAAAUGCCAUCUGUUCCUACAAAAGUUCUGCGGAGUAAUACAGUUUCCACCUCUGGGGCUGUUACUUCCAGUUCAACCACAUAUUCAGAAGAGUCUGAACAAGCUGUAAAACCACGAGCUUUUGGGCUUCCGUACCAAUCAGUUGUAAAGCUUCCUCCUAAGAACUUUCAAUUUGCUUUAACCCCAAGCAUUAAUUCUACCCCUUCACUUCCCAAAUUUCCUCAAGUUGUUCACACCCCUACCCCAAUAAAAGCUGCCUCGACUCUAAUUAGUUCAUCCCAUGCACAUUCUUUUCACUGUCCAACUUUCUGCCCUAGACCCCCUUCAAUUUUCUACCACCACCACAACCAUCACCAUUUUGCUCAUCCUGCUCAAAUGUCUAAUCUUGACAUUUCUAGUAUGAUCAAAAUUAAAGGCCAAAUGUUGUCAUCUCCUGUUGAAUCUCCUGGUUCAGCCCUUCUUCCCCUUAUUCAGGCUAUGGGUUAUAAUUAUGGCCCACUUUCCUCAAAACAUACAGUUGUAUCACCAGCUUCAGAUUAUACAGCAAUGCAAUAUUUGGUGGAGAAUCCCCUCAUUAAGGAUACCGAUGCCCCUGGUACUUCAAAGUAUUUGACAGGGCCAACCAUGUGGCCCUACAUUUUUAGGAAGAUGGAAUCAACUGCUGCCUCUCCACGGUCUACAAUGAAACCUGCGAAUGUUGCUCCUGUUAUACAUCCUUCGGGACCUUCUAAGCUGCAUUCUAGACUCUUACAAAAUAGACCAGUUGCUGAACCUCUUGCUUAUUCAGACCGAAGCCCAGACCCUGCAGUCAGCCAGGCUGAGAUACAGCAGUAUUUCUCCCUGUGGGGCCAUGACACGCAGCCAAUGUUAGUUGCUCCAACUAAUGCUCCCUCUUUUGAGAAAAUGGUCCAACAUGACAUUUCUUCCAAACCUACAAUGCCUCCAACUCAUGGCAAAAAUGUAUUUAUGAAUUACUUGUAUCAAGCUGCUAAUUCGAAUGCUAAGUCCCCCAUGUCUAAUUUUCCCACAAAAGACUUUUUUUCCCAGAUGCUGUUGCCUCAGCCCUCCAAUAAUCACAAUCCAUCUGAGCCGUCAAAUCAGCCACCUCAACCAGAGCAAAGUCUUGGUAAGAACCCUCCACUGCAGCUGAAUUUUCAUCCCUUGAAGCAGAUUCACAACUCUGUGCCAGUAAUUAGCCCUCAGCGGCAUUUCCCUCCAAGUGGAGAAUCUGUGGUUCCUGCGUUUAGGAGCCCAAAAUUAUUUGAGACUCGCUGGGUUCCUGCGGUUCAAUCUAAUGAGGAUGCAUCUGCUGCACACUGAGAAAUGUGGGGAGCUGGAAACAGUGCUAACUUACAAUAAAAGAGUUUAAGUGGAAAAA